GAUGUCUUCGUCCAUUGUUAAAAUUGGAAUAGAUAGCAUCAAAACAACGGUAACUGAAAAAGAGAGCGAUAGCAACCGUCUUGUGAAGACAUUCUUGUCCAACAAAAACAACAGGAAGAAGAUAAUUGGUCUUGACACCGAACACGUGCAAAAGGGAAGAAAUCUAAAUAAGACUGUCUUGUUGCAGCUCUGUGAUGGAGACAAUUGUCUAAUAGUACAACUUCCCAAUGAAGGUGAAGGUGAAGGUGCUCUUUUCAAUUUUCUCAACCUACCCGAGUUUGCAUUUGUAGGCAUUGGCAUAAACAAGACUAUGAUUAGGCUUGAGAGUGAGUUUGGUUUGACCUGCAAGAAUGUUGUUGAGAUUGGACCCGCCACAUGGAAGCUGACCAAUAUGACGGCCGAUGUGAAAUUUAGGCUCAGUACUAUUGUUUCGACUGAGAGACCAACAAAUGCCGUACUUGACGACUGGGAAAAAUUUGUUCUCAAUAAGAACCAGAUAAAGCUUGCAGCCUCCAAUGCAUACUUUGCUUUUGGCAUUGGGAACAUUCUGUUGGAUGUGUUUGGAUUUUAAGUUUAUCAAUCUAGAUUUCUGUUUGUCUUUCUUUCUUCUUAUGUUCGUCAGUCUUUUGUUGUAGUUUGCAUUUCAACCGGCUACAGACCACAAAAAUGUAAUAUUUGGUUCUUCAGUCU